AUGUUGAACCGGCUGAUUUUAAGAACCGGCGACGGAGGGGACUGUCUGUCGGCGUUCUCCGCGGUUUUGCAGAGAGGGAAAACCGAAUCGAAGGCGAAAUCAGCGAGGAUUUUGGAAUUAAUCGCGAUGGAUCUCGAAUCUCAGCGCAAAAUUGGAGAAAAUACGGAGAUAAUGCACGAACUGUUGAAUUUGUGCAUCGAAGAUAAGGAUCCGUCGGCCGUGGAGGCCGGCUUGUCCGCCUUGCUAGCGAUUUCGACCACCAGGCCGGUGAAGAAGGAGCUGAUCCGGCUCGGCAUAGUCCGAACCGUAGGGAAGAUCCUCUCCGGCCGGGACCGGCCGGCGCCAGUUCGCGCGGUGGCAGAGAAGGCGCUGGAGACGCUGGAGAGGGUGGCGACGUGCACGGAGGGGAGGGGCGCGAUCGCCGGGGACGGUGAGUGCGUGGAGGCGGUGGUGAGGGGGCUGGUGAAGUUUUCCGGCGCGGCGACGGAACACGGGGUGGCGGUGCUGUGGAGCGUGUGCUGCCUGGCGCGGGACGCGGCGGCGCAGGAGAGGGCGGCGUCGGUCAACGGUUUGACCAAGGUACUACUGGUGAUGCAGAGCGGUUGUAGCUCGGGGACGAGGCAGAUGUGCGUGGAAUUGGUGAAGGUGCUGAGAGCGAAAGGUGGGAGGUCCAAUCUGGCGCCGUACGAGACAAGGACCACUCACAUCGCGCCUUAUUAA